GUCCCUCCCCUCUCGACGUGAUCAUCGCUGCCUCUGCAGCCCUUCACCGGCCUUCUCCUGCUGAAAGCAUGGCGGCGGUGGUCACACGGGAGUGUGAGACGGAGGAUUGCAGUAAAGAAGCCAAACUCCAGUGUCCUACCUGUAUUAAACUCGGGAUACAAGGCUCAUAUUUCUGCUCUCAGGAGUGUUUCAAAGGCAGCUGGGGUACUCACAAACUGCUCCACAAGAAAGCAAAGGAAGACAAAACCAAGGAUGAGGGAAAGAACUGUGUAGAGAAGGAAGUCAACACAGACCCCUGGCCUGGGUACCGUUACACUGGCAAACUGCGGCCUCACUACCCUCUGACACCCAUGAGACUUGUUCCAGGGACCAUCCAGAGACCGGACUAUGCUGAUCACCCGCUGGGGAUGUCCGAGACGGAGCAGACUCUUAAAGGGACGUCCCAGAUUAAGAUCCUCAAUGCUGAAGAAAUCGAGGGCAUGAGAGUCGUCUGCAAGCUGGCUCGAGAGGUGCUCGACAUUGCUGCCAUGAUGGUGAAACCUGGAGUGACGACAGAGGAGAUUGAUCAUGCUGUACAUCUGGCAUGCACAGCACGGAACUGCUACCCAUCACCACUGAACUACUACAACUUUCCUAAGUCCUGCUGCACUUCAGUCAAUGAGGUCAUCUGUCAUGGCAUACCAGAUCGCCGUGCCCUACAAGAGGGUGACAUCCUUAACGUGGACAUUACUGUUUACCACAAUGGAUACCAUGGAGACCUAAAUGAAACGUUUUUUGUGGGUGAGGUGGACGAGGGGGCAAAGAGGCUGGUGCAGACCACAUAUGAAUGCCUAAUGCAAGCUAUUGAUGCUGUGAAGCCAGGUGUCCGUUAUCGAGAGCUGGGCAACAUCAUCCAGAAACAUGCGCAGGCAAAUGGAUUUUCUGUGGUGCGGAGUUACUGCGGCCAUGGCAUUCACAAACUCUUUCACACCGCACCCAAUGUUCCACACUAUGCGAAGAAUAAAGCUGUGGGGGUGAUGAAGCCUGGUCAUGUCUUCACUAUUGAACCCAUGAUCUGUGAAGGUGGUUGGCAGGAUGAAACAUGGCCGGAUGGUUGGACAGCGGUUACUCGAGAUGGUAAACGCUCUGCCCAGUUCGAACACACACUCUUGGUGACUGAAACAGGUUGUGAUAUCCUCACACGUCGCCUCGAUGACAAUGGCCGCGCUCACUUCCUGACGCAGAUGUAGAGUGGUGGGGUGAGAACGCAGGCCCUUCCCCCAGUGGAGGACACAUCCGCUCCAGCCCUAUCACCGAUCAGCCAGUCACACUGUGGUUCUCUGUUGGGCAGGAGUUAAUUCGCCGUGUGGCCGUGGUAAUGGAGUGUCUGAUUGGGCGAGAAGUGGAGAUUUGUUUAUUUAUGAAUGUGUCAUCUGAACAGUCACAUGACUCAGCUUGGAUCUGAUCAGACUGGAAGGCACUGACCUUUGACCUGCUUGCAGUGCUGUCACUCUUUGUCUGCUCGGGGGGCAGAGGUGUGUGUGUGUGUGUGUGUGUGUGUGUGUUUGCAUGUGGUCUGGCGUACUCAUGUUUAGUUUGUUUCAGUGUGCCGUGCUGGCUGAGUGGUUCUCCUGUGACUUUAGGACACAGCGUGUGUGUGUGUGUGUGUGUGUGUGUGUGUGUGUGUGUGUGUAUGGAUGGUGCGUGUGUGAGAGAGUGUCAUUCCAGAUGAUACCAAACAGACUGAUAAAUGAAAUCUUUCUGCAGUUUCUUUUCCUUUAUGGUUUAUCCUGAGCAUAAUCUUUGGCCACAUCCUCCUGUUUACAAAAGAGUGCCUCUAAAGAUUAUUUCAACAUUAGGACAAAUAAUGUAUUUGUGAAGUUCUGCCAGCGUACAUCAGACCCUUUCUCUAACGACCAUUUGUCUAUGAUCACAUGCGUGAAAAAUGUGCUGAAGUUCUAUGGAAGGGUCUUGUGACCGUGGGAUUGUCAAAAGUUUCCAAUUGGUUCUCCUUCACCUUGAAAAGGUUUAAUUUGCUUAUGAUUGGAUAAUGCACUGCCAGGUACAGAGCUGUUCUGCAGGGUUGAUCUAACAGUGGCAUGUUUUAGGUUAUUGGUGCUCUCUGUCUGAAACACAGUCAAAACCAUGUCAGUGGUCUGCAUUCAAGCUGAAUUAAAGCAUAUUUUCCUUGUGAA